UAGCCAAGCGCACCAAACAUCUUCUGUAAACAAAACACUGUUGGAACUUACGCCAUCACUUCUUCGCCUCUUACCAGAGAGUAAUUUCCAUCCACAAAACUUCAGCCUUGUGUUGGAAACGUCAACAACAUUUGCUACUCCGCGCAGCUCGAGUUAAGUGUUGACAAAAACAAAACCACCAGAGAUAAAAACCAAGUUGUAGGUUCGCGUGCGAUGAUUCAAACUCUAUCGGGCGAAGCUGCUCCUCCCUUUGCGGAGACACCAUCAAGUCUUGAGCAUCUGCUCCCACAUCCGAAGAUGAUGGACACCGAUACGAAUCAAGGGGGUUUGUGUACCACAAAUGGACCCUCUACUGAGCCUAACCAGGACUUCGUCCACUCGGACUCUGAAACAUCUUCAAAUGUGUAUCCCCGAUCGCCAGAAUCAAACUCAGAAUCUCAUAAAUGUAACCACCAUCAACCACCACCGAACAACCAUCACCUAGAGCGGGCCUCACCCAACGCGAUGGCCCCGGCACCAGCGCUCAUUCGACCCACCAAACUAACUCCUUUCUCCGUGGUCGACAUCCUGAACCCGAACAACUUUAACAGUCCGCCCCCGACCAAGUUACAUCGGUCGUCGUGCGUCUGUUGCGAGGACCGAAGCGUGGAGAGUUGUCAGCGGGUCAGAGCAUCAUCUUCCCCGGUGCCGAUGGCGAGUUCACCCGGUAAUGCUUACCCGUGGUCGUCGACAUGGAACAGCGGGGAGCCUAGGUGUAAUGCAGAAGGGAAAGCCAUCUCUGAAACCGAACAUUCACCAAGAGCCGACCACAGACGGGAAGCAGUCAAAGAUGAAGCGAUUAGAGAACACUUCGACAGCGAAGAGGAGCAAGUGUCACUAGAAGACGACGAUGACAUCGCAUCCGACGACAGGGACAAAGAUGACAGUGAGGACAGCGACGACAAAUCAGAUGGCUCACCGGGAAAGAAACGUAAACGAUCAGACUCGGACUCUGGAAAGGCCGGCAAGCCACGCCGUGCCCGCACGGCGUUCACCUACGAGCAACUCGUCGCUCUUGAGAACAAAUUCAAAAGCACCCGGUACCUCUCCGUGUGUGAAAGACUCAAUCUUGCAUUGUCACUCAGUCUGACUGAGACACAAGUUAAGAUCUGGUUUCAGAAUCGCCGCACCAAGUGGAAGAAACAACACCCUGGGAUGGACCCCAACGCACCCACCACCAGUCCCCAGUCACCACCGCCCCAUGUCAGCCUUCACACUACCUACAACUCCGGGCUUGUGUACGGGUCGCAACUACCCUACCUUCAUGCUGCUGGAGCAGCUGGGACUAUGCCGUACCUUGUCAGCUCGCCGGCGUACCCCACUCUACACGCUCAUCAUUUCUAUUCCCACCUCGGACAUGUUUGAUGAAGAAACAACACACGCAAAACUCUUGUAAUUUAUGUAAACUAUUAAAAGCUAUGUAUAAAAUAUAGGAAAUGUAAAAAAUAAUUAUCAUGUAAAUAUGAUUGAAAAUUACCAUGAUUUUUUGUCUUGAUAAGGCAACUUAUUAGAUUUAUAGAUACUGUAUUGGAGACAAAACAUAUCAAAGUUGCGAGUGCGUGUAAAAUGUACACUGUGGUGUUAUAAAAGUUUUCAAAUAGUGUUCACAAUGUGACUACAUUUUGUGUGCAUCGAAUACGAAGUUCAAUUUAUGACCGCAUCUAAACCCAGACUCUUGAUCAGACUGUUCGUCACAUAAGGAGGAACUAUAGUAAACCCUUAUAUUUCUGAAACACUUUUGAUUGAGGCACUGGACACCAUUGGUAUUACUCUUAAUAAUUAUGAGCUUAAAAACUUACUUGAUAACAAG